AUGAAAAAAGAAGAGCCUGUAACCCCGUUUGGGAGGGUGUUCCUGCAGGAAGAAGGGAACCAUGUUAUCAAUUGUGCAAUGAGUUUCAAAAACCCAGUCAGUAUAGAAUCCGUUAAAGCCGAAUUCAAAAACUCCAUUUUUGUUCAACACCCAAGAUUUCACAGUGUGGUAAGAAACAAGAAUAAUGGUGAAGAAUAUUGGAAAAGAGGUGAUGUAAAUCUAGACAAACACAUAUUUCUCGUGCAAGACAUCGACCAUGGUGAUUCGUGGACAUCCAACACUCCUAACAAUGACGAGAUCGUGAAUGCAUAUUUGGCAGAUCUUGCUGUUUCAUCUCCUCUCAGCAUUGAUAAACCAUUAUGGGAAUUGCAUGUAUUGAAGGAUCAAAAUUGUCUAGUAUUGAGAGUCAAUCAUUCUUUAGGUGAUGGGGUAUCUGUAAUAUCUUUAGUUUUAGCUAUGUGUAGGAAAGUUGACCAGCCUGAUCAAUUACCCAGCAUCCCUAAAAACAACAAGAAAAGUAGUAAUAGUAGGAUCAAUAUGUGUAAGAUGACCCGGAGAUUGGUAAUGCAGAUAUGGUUAACUAUUGUUUAUGUAAUGAGUUUCUUACUUAGAGUUUUGUAUUUGAAAGAUGCUAAAUGCAAGAUUAGGGGUGGGAAUGGUGUUGAACUAUGGCCUAGGAAGCUUGCUACUGCUAAGUUCAAGCUAGACGACAUGAAAUCUGUCAAGAAUGCUGUCCUUAACGCUGAUAUGGCAAAUUUGGUGAAGAGCAUUUCGGUGUCAAGUUGGUGGGGUAACAAAUUUGGAUACAUUUUAUUCCCAAUUUAUCCCCAUAAAAGAGUUGGUAACGAUCCACUUCAAUAUGUCAAGAACGCCAAAGAAAUGCUUGACAAGAAGAAACUAUCUUUCGAAGCUCCUAUCACUUAUGCUAUUACUAAAUCAGUAAUGUUACUUUUGGGUCCCAGGGCCACGUUUUUGUUUAUCAACAGGGGUGUUUGUAAUACAAGUUUUAUGAUAUCGAAUGUCGUUGGUCCACAAGAAGAGAUUAUGUUCGGAGGAAAUCCAAUAACUUCAUUACGAGCAACUUCGUCAAGCACUCACAAUGGAUAUAUAAGUUACUUUGGAAAAGCAGAAAUGAAUAUUCUUGUGGCUAGAGACAUUAUACCAGACCCUCAAUUCCUCGCCAAGUGUUUUGAAGAUGCAUUGCUUGAAAUGAAGGACGCUUCUACUGCUGCUUCUGUUAAGACAUGA